AUGCAGUCCCUUGCGUCACUCUUCCUCCUGCUCCUCGCCGCCUCCGUGCAGAACGUUCUCGCGCGAACACUAGGAUGCGGCAAGACACCUCCUUCAAGCGGCACGAAGAACAUCGGCAACCGCCAGUACAUACUGCAGGUCCCUGCCAACUACAAUGCCAACCGAGAGUACAGGCUCGUCUUUGGCUUCCACUGGCUUGGAGGUAACAUGGGCAAUGUGGCCCCGACUUACUACGGCCUGCGGGCCCUUGCCGAGGAGUCGACCAUCUUUGUGGCUCCCAAUGGUCUGAAUGCUGGCUGGGCCAACAGCGGCGACUCAGAUAUUACAUUUGUCGACCAAAUCCUAGCCCAGGUCCAGGAUGCCUUGUGCGUCGACGAAACGCAGCGCUUCGCCACGGGCUUCAGCUACGGCGGCGCCAUGUCAAACGCCCUUGCGUGCGCACGCCCCACUAUUUGGCGUGCCGUCUCUGUCAUUGCGGGUGCUCAGCUGAGCGGCUGCUCCGGCGGCACCACGCCCGUUGCCUACCUCGGUAUCCACGGGGUCAUUGACAGCGUCUUGCCCAUCAGUAGAGGUCACGAGCUCCGCGACCGCUUCUUACGCCUCAAUGGUUGUGCAGCCAAGAAUGCACCUGAGCCAUCUGGCGGAUCCAACGCUCACAUCAAAACGGAAUACAGCUGUCGAGAGGGUUUGCCGGUCUGGUGGAUCGCCCACGGCGGCGACCAUGUCGCCGAGCACCGCGGUCAGGGCACCGAGAACUGGAUCGCUACGGAGACAUGGGAUUUCUUCACUCAGGCUGUCGGAGGCGGAAGCUCGCCUCUCCCUCCGCCUACGGUGCCACCUACGACACCGCCUGCAGUUCCGCCUACCACGCCUCCUGCGCCGCCGCCUGGUGGAGGGGGCAACUGUGCUGCGCGCUGGGCGCAGUGUGGUGGCCAGGGAUGGAGCGGUGCGAUCUGCUGUCAGUCCGGGAGCACUUGUCGUGCGCAGAACCAGUGGUACUCUCAGUGUCUAUAG